GUCAAGCUGCCUUACAGUUUCCGAGCUGCUGUCACGCUUGGCCCCAAAGUCACGAAGGACCGCCUAGUACAAGGAUGCAUGCGAAUGCGUAAGCUGGGCAAUGGGCAAUCAGUAAUGUUUUUCGCUCCAGCUGAAGUUGACCGGAGUAUUCGUUCGGCAAUUGAGAAAGCUGAUACCGACAGUGUUGAUGUGUCAGAUAUCUUGCUCUGGGCAAUGUUCGAAACUUGCAAUGAUAUUGAGAUGUGUACAUUAUCCUGGAUUCAACAGCGAUCGGACUUCAAUACACGGCAUUCUGCACGGACUCAAUUCUCGCACGCCCCUACCACUUCGAUUCUAUCCUGA